AGUCGCCAUCUUGACUUAUUGUUCUAUUUAUCCUUCAUUAGGACGUUUUCAAUUUAUUACGGCUUUUACCGUAUUUUCAUGGCACGUGUAGUGAUUUUAUAAAAUUAUUGUUACCAAUAUAUAUUAUAUUGAGAAUUAACUUUUAUGAUAUUGACGGAGAUAUAAUUACUUCGAGUCAAAAUGUAUGAUACGGAAGACGAUCAAUAUGAAGAGGAAGAUGUUGAAGAAAUUUCUUCGGAGCUAUGGCAAGAAGCUUGUUGGAUUGUUAUCAACGCUUAUUUUGAUGAGAAAGGUUUGGUACGACAACAAUUGGAUAGUUUCGAUGAAUUCAUUCAAAUGUCCGUACAACGAAUUGUUGAAGAUUCCCCUCCAAUAGAACUACAGGCAGAAGCACAACAUUCUUCUGGGGAAAUCGAAACUCCACCUCGAUAUCUUCUGAAAUUUGAUCAAAUUUAUUUAUCGAAACCCACUCAUUGGGAAAAAGAUGGUGCUCCAUCCCCUAUGAUGCCAAAUGAAGCUCGUCUUCGUAAUCUUACAUAUUCUGCUCCAUUAUAUGUGGAUAUAACAAAAACUAUUGUGAAAGAAAAUGAAGAUCCAAUUGAAACUCAGCAUCAGAAAACUUUUAUUGGGAAGAUUCCAAUUAUGCUAAGAUCUACAUAUUGCCUUUUGAGUCAUCUAACUGACAGAGAUUUAACUGAACUUAAUGAGUGUCCUCUUGACCCUGGUGGCUACUUCAUAAUCAAUGGCUCUGAAAAAGUUUUAAUAGCUCAAGAGAAAAUGGCAACAAAUACUGUUUAUGUAUUUAGUAUGAAAGAUGGAAAAUAUGCUUAUAAAACAGAGAUUCGCUCUUGUCUUGAACACAGUUCAAGACCAACUUCAACAUUGUGGGUAAAUAUGAUGGCUAGAGGCGGUCAAAGCAUAAAGAAGUCUGCAAUUGGACAAAGAAUUAUUGCAAUUGUUCCAUAUAUUAAACAAGAAAUUCCAAUCAUGAUUGUGUUCAGAGCACUCGGUUUUGUAGCAGACAGAGAUAUAUUGGAACAUAUAAUAUAUGAUUUUGAUGAUCCUGAAAUGAUGGAGAUGGUGAAGCCAUCAUUAGAUGAAGCUUUUGUAUUCCAAGAACAAAAUGUAGCACUAAACUUUAUUGGCUCUCGUGGUGCUCGUCCUGGUGUAACAAAAGACAAGCGUAUAAAAUAUGCUAGAGAAAUCCUACAAAAAGAAAUGCUACCACAUGUUGGAGUGUCAGACUUUUGUGAAACCAAAAAGACUUACUUUUUGGGUUAUAUGGUGCAUCGACUGCUGCUUGCAGCUCUAGGCCGCAGAGAACUUGAUGAUCGAGAUCAUUAUGGCAACAAAAGAUUGGAUUUGGCUGGACCCUUGCUAGCGUUCUUGUUCAGAGGUCUGUUUAAAAAUUUAUUGAAAGAAGUUCGUAUGUAUGCCCAAAAGUUCAUAGAUAGAGGAAAGGACUUCAAUCUUGAAUUAGCUAUUAAAACUAAAAUUAUUACCGAUGGUCUCCGAUAUUCACUUGCUACUGGUAAUUGGGGAGAUCAGAAAAAAGCUCAUCAAGCUAGAGCUGGUGUAUCACAAGUAUUAAAUCGACUGACAUUUGCAUCCACCUUAUCUCAUUUACGUCGUGUCAACUCUCCAAUAGGACGUGAUGGUAAACUGGCUAAACCACGUCAACUCCAUAACACCCUUUGGGGUAUGAUAUGUCCUGCAGAAACCCCUGAAGGUGCUGCGGUAGGGCUUGUAAAGAAUUUAGCUCUGAUGGCUUAUAUAUCAGUUGGAAGUCAGCCGUCUCCUAUAUUAGAGUUCUUGGAAGAAUGGUCAAUGGAGAAUUUGGAAGAAAUAGCCCCUUCUGCAAUCGCAGAUGCAACUAAGAUAUUUGUUAAUGGUUGUUGGGUUGGGAUUCACAGAGAUCCCGAACAAUUGAUGGCAACAUUAAGAAAACUCAGACGUCAAAUGGACAUCAUUGUAUCAGAAGUAAGUAUGAUCCGUGAUAUUCGAGACAGAGAAAUUCGUAUCUAUACAGAUGCUGGAAGAAUAUGUCGUCCAUUGUUAAUCGUUGAAAAUGGAGCCCUUUUGUUAAAGAAGAAACACAUUGAUAAUCUCAAAGAGCGGGACUAUAACAAUUAUGGAUGGCAAAAUCUGGUGGCCAGUGGUGUUGUGGAAUAUAUUGACACUCUGGAAGAAGAAACUGUAAUGAUUGCCAUGAGCCCAGAUGAUCUAGCACAACUUAAAGAAUAUGCAUACUGUACAACCUAUACACACUGUGAAAUUCACCCAGCUAUGAUAUUAGGUGUGUGUGCUUCUAUCAUUCCAUUCCCUGAUCACAAUCAAAGUCCUAGAAACACCUAUCAAAGUGCUAUGGGUAAACAAGCUAUGGGUGUUUAUAUUACCAAUUUUCAUGUGCGCAUGGAUACACUAGCACAUGUAUUGUAUUAUCCCCAUAAGCCACUGGUCACUACCAGAUCAAUGGAAUAUUUACGUUUCAGAGAGUUGCCUGCGGGCAUUAAUUCAAUUGUCGCAAUUUUAUGCUACACUGGGUAUAAUCAAGAAGAUAGUGUAAUUUUGAAUGCAUCUGCAGUUGAAAGAGGAUUUUUCAGAUCAGUAUUUUAUCGUUCUUACAAAGAUUCAGAAUCUAAGAGAAUAGGAGAUCAAGAAGAACAAUUUGAAAAACCAACAAGACAAACAUGUCAAGGUAUGAGAAAUGCCUUAUACGAUAAAUUAGAUGAUGAUGGAAUUAUUGCCCCUGGAAUUCGAGUAUCUGGUGAUGAUGUUGUUAUUGGUAAAACAAUUACAUUACCUGAAAAUGACGACGAAUUGGAAGGUACUACAAAACGAUUCACCAAACGUGAUGCGUCUACAUUCUUACGUAACAGUGAAACAGGUAUUGUGGAUCAAGUUAUGUUGACACUGAAUAGUGAGGGAUAUAAAUUUUGCAAAAUCCGUGUUCGAUCAGUUCGCAUCCCACAAAUUGGAGAUAAAUUUGCCUCUCGACAUGGUCAAAAAGGUACAUGUGGUAUACAAUACCGACAAGAGGACAUGCCAUUUACAUGUGAAGGAUUAACACCAGAUAUUAUUAUUAAUCCUCAUGCAAUUCCAUCUCGUAUGACAAUUGGGCAUUUAAUUGAGUGUAUCCAAGGAAAAGUGUCCUCAAAUAAAGGUGAAAUUGGUGAUGCUACGCCAUUCAAUGAUGCUGUAAACGUGCAAAAAAUUUCAUCUUUGUUACAAGAAUAUGGUUAUCACCUACGUGGUAACGAAGUAAUGUAUAAUGGACACACAGGACGUAAGAUAAACGCUCAAGUUUUCUUGGGUCCUACCUAUUACCAACGUCUAAAGCAUAUGGUGGAUGAUAAAAUUCACUCAAGGGCAAGAGGACCUGUUCAAAUUUUAGUGAGACAACCUAUGGAAGGCAGGGCAAGAGAUGGUGGAUUGCGUUUCGGUGAAAUGGAACGUGAUUGUCAAAUUGCUCAUGGUGCCGCGCAGUUCCUUCGAGAGCGGCUUUUUGAAGUGUCAGAUCCUUAUCGUAUACAUGUAUGCAACUUUUGUGGUUUGAUAGCUAUAGCUAAUUUACGAAACAACACAUUUGAAUGUAAAGGCUGUAAAAAUAAGACACAAAUUUCUCAAAUACGCUUACCAUAUGCUGCAAAAUUAUUAUUCCAGGAACUUAUGUCCAUGAAUAUAGCACCAAGAUUAAUGGUGAUAAAUUAAGUCUUAAUUGUUGUAAUAUCAAUGUUAAGUAUUUUAAGAAAAAAAUAAUCAUAAAUAAAAGUCUUCAAUGUUAUAUAUACUUUUUAUUAACACAAAUCGACGACAUUAAGUGUAGCUUAACAAUCAUGAUACAAAAUGUAUAAGUAAUAAAUCUUACAUACUUCAAUAAUUUAUAAAUUUAUCAAAUGCAACACUUAAGACUUGAGGUAUAUUUAAACAAAAUCCGUUCAUAUUAUCAGAGACUUGCCUUUUAUUCUUUAUAUACACAUAUUAAGCUGUAAGUAAAUAACAGUCAUUAUAACAUAAAUUUUUUAAUAAAAUAUAAACAGGGUAAAAACAUUUAAAACAUGUAUAAAUAGUAUUUUAGUAUUACAGUCAUAGAAAUAAAAGAUUUAAUACCUAUUCUCAUUUAGACGUUUUGGUCUAAAACUAAGGUGUCGGACGUCUGAAAUAGGCGGAUUUUGCUACAUACCUACCUAUUUUUUAAUGAAAUAUUUUCUUAAGUAAAAAUCUUUCAUUUCCAUGUAUAAUUUUGUAUAAUUAUGGAAGAUUUUUUUAUACAAUAACAAUUCUACCGUGAAAUGGAAAAAGAUGUUAUUUUCAUAACGACAGGUACUACUAUGUACUAUUUAAUACGAUUAGGCCUAAAAUAUUUGUAAGUACAAUUAUAGUACUCACAAAUAUCUUGGGCCUAAUCGUAUUAAAUAGUACAUAAUAUAUUUGGGUAAAUAUAAAAAAAAGUAAAUAUAAGAUUGUGGACUAUUAAUUAUAGGUAGUAAUAAGGUAUAAUUUUCAGGUCUCAUCUAUUUAGAAUCUUCGCCCUAAUGGUAGGGCACAUAAUAUGGAACAAUGUAGCACUAAGAAAGUUCCUAUUUUAUAAGUAGCAACUAGACAUAGUUUCUUUAAAACAAUAUCAUCAACACCAAAAUAAUCCAUUGUUUAUUUCAAUGCGAGAUGAUAAGCUAUAAACAUAUAAGCAGUUUAUUAAACCACUAUUGGUGUUUUGUGUUAUAAUUAUUUGAACGAAUAAAACAAAUCUGAUUAUAAUUGAUACUAGUGUCACCCGAACAUAAGUAUAGAUUUUAUUGGAAGCCUCCUUUUACAAAUUUUAAGCAAUUCAAUUAUUAUAAGUUCUCCAAAUGCCUCAGUUUAUUAUAUUUGUAUCAGUUGUCAUUUGUACAUUACAGCAAAAAAGGGAAUUAGUAUGUUCGGGUGCUCUUAUGCACAAUAGACGGACUUUGAAUAACUGUAAUUCUUUAAAAGUUCGUUAUUUUGUUAUAUUUUUAAGUACUAUAUUAGGCUAAUUUUGAAUAUAUGUUAUUAAUAAAUACA